AUGCAAUGGCGAUUGCAGAUUAAGCAGGCCAAGGAGCUUCAAAGUGAUAAUUCUGAUAACCUACCCUUACCUGACUCUGAAACUCAGCGAAUUCGCGCCUCACUCAAGCAUGCACACGCAACACUUGGUUUUGCAAAAGACACAGAAGACGCAAGGAAUAAAUAUAUAAUCUCAAUCCCAAGCAAAAAGCGCAUUAAAGGAAUUCAGACACUCCUUAUGCAGCAACAAGAACAAAACGAGCUUAUCUUCUGCCAUUGCAAUGAGAACAUCAAAUUAUUCUUCAUACAAAUUUAA